GUUCGACUGAGUUCAGAGAGACUGAAUUGUGGGUUAACAUAUGUAGGAUUGGGCUGCAUGUUUACGUGUCUGGCCUAUGAACUUUCUACUCUAACGGGCACUCAAGUGUUGCUGCUGGUGGCCAGUGAAACAGGCCAUGUCUACACAUUUGCCACACGGAAGCUGCAGCCCAUGAUCACCAGUGAGACAGGGAAAGCGCUGAUCCAGACAUGCUUGAACUCCCCUGACUCUCCUCCUCGGUCAGACCCAACCACUGACCAGCGCAUGAGCGCUACGGGCUUUGAGGAGACAGACCUCACUUAUCAGGUGUCCGAAUCUGACAGCAGCGGAGAAACAAAGGACACCUUGAAGCCUGCAUUCACAGUCACCAACCUGCCAGGGACGACGUCAACCAUCCAGACGGCACCCACCACCUCCACCUCCAUGCAGGUCAGCAGCGGUCCCUCGUUCCCCAUCACCAACUACCUAGCACCAGUGUCUGCCAGUGUCAGCCCCAACGCAGUCACCAGUGCCAACGGGACAGUGCUGAAAACCACUGGAACCAGCGCAGUAGCUUCUGGAGGGCUAAUGCAGAUACCCCCUGGCUUUACGCUCAUGUCAGGUAGUACUGUGGCUCAGCAAGUUCCUGUGCAAACCAUCCAGCUGCAUCAGGCCCCCCAGCAGACGUCUCCCACAACUGACAGCAGCACUGACCUCACUCAGACCUCUUCCAGCGGGACAGUGACCCUGCCAGCAACUAUCAUGACUUCAUCGGUGCCAACCACAGUGGGAGGCCACAUGAUGUACCCCCCUCACACAGUGAUGUAUACUCCUACAUCAGGCCUCACGGAUGCUGGACUCGCGGUUCUCAAUGCCUUCUCUCAGGGGCCAUCAGCAAUGCAGGUUUCACAUGGACAGGUCCAGGAGCAGGGUGGAGUCCCUCAGGUGUUCUUGACAGCGCCGUCAGGGACGGUUCAAAUCCCGGUCUCAGCUGUCCAGCUUCAUCAGAUGGCUGUCAUCGGGCAGCAGUCCAGCAGCAGCACCAACUUGACAGAGCUGCAGGUGGUCAACUUGGAUACGUCACAUAGUUCCAAGAGUGACUGAAGACCUCUGAGGACCUGGGAAGGGAUGGGGGAGAGGAGUGUGUACCUGGCAUCCACACCUGCAGCAACAGCCACCAGCUUUGUGCUGCGUACGGCCCCAGGAUCAAGUGUGCUCCUGAAGCUGCGCCCCUGGCACCAGGAUUUUGGCGGUCCCUAUUUUUGUAUGGAAUCCGUCACUUAUUUAUUGUUGCCUUUUUCACGUUUUCUUCUCUCACACUUUACACGCACAGACAUAAACACACACACACACACACACAUAUUAAUGUGGCUGCAAGGCUGGAAGGAGGGAACUAAGCAUGGGCUAUGAGGGGGGUGGCUUUGUUGUGUUUCAACGCUGCAUUGACUGUUGUCUUUUCUCCCUGUCUCCCUGCCUCCCCCAGCCAAAGAACCUGUGUCUCACAGGUGGGAGAGUUUGCGCUGCCAUGUAUAUAAGCCUCCUCAUUCUGUUUUCCAUUACUGGAGUGAGAGUGUAUUCUUUCACUCCCCCCUCCUGUCCCCACCACUGAAUGAACUUCCCUCCCUGGUGUCUUGCCACCAGGCACAGCAGCAGAGGCUGUGGGGGAGAAGAUGGAAUAGAGAAGGGCUUGAAGGCACCAUCAAAGGGAGCCUUUCUUGUCAGAGUCAGGCAUCUCUCUUUUUAAAAACCAUGCCGGGACAAAAAGGGCUCCCUCUUCCCCCAAAGUUCAGGACCUCCAAGCUGGCUGCAGCGUUGUGCCUUCAAGCAAUCAGUGACUGCGUUGUGGGCUGGCCACACCGUUGGUGACCUGCCUUCAUUUUUAGUUUGUUUCUUGCCAGAAUUCCCUACCCCCGCCAUGUGCUGCCGAGGCGGUUGCAAACGGGGUGGAUGUGUGGGGGCACAGAAGGCAAAGCAUCUUCAGUAUACCUCCCCUAAGUUGUUCCUCUCUCAACUUUUUGCCUGUUGAGUCUGGCAAUAUAACACAUUUCAUUGCCAAAAGGGGUUUUUGUUAGCCUCACACUGCCCUUCAUGGAAACACAUUCGACUACUCUGAAGCCCAGUAGCUGUAAUUGCUCCUAGCCUUUGGGUGGGCAUCCCCCUCAGGCAGGUUGUUGUUGCUGCUGGCAGUUUCCUCUGGGGGAAAAAAGAGGAAUUGAGCCACAGUCCUUUCUAAUUAGGGAGGGUUGUAAAGGAAGGGAGUGGGAAAUAAAUAGAGAGAGCUCUAUUUUUGUAACUUUUAAACUUGAUUAAAAGCCUUCCCAAGCAGCUGUGCAUAAUACUGAGGCAUCAGUAGCCAGGGGCGCAAUAAUCGAUGUUGGUCCACAGCUUUUCAGGCAGCCCUGAAACAUGACAGGGUGUUGCAUCAUUGUCAACCAUGUUCCAUACAUGUCUGCCAGGAAGCCCUCGGUCCUUCCCUGGAAUCGGGUGGCUAGGACAGGGUAGGCUUAGCCCCGGGGCAGGUGAGGAAGAUCCUUUUCCCAUGUGUCAAAAGUGGGAAGUUACGGGAGUGGUGGCAGCUACUGUUGAGUCUUUGUGGGGUUUUGGGUUUUUUUUAAACUCCCUGUCACGUUGCUUCAGCAUGUGGCUUGGGGUGAACAAAUGCAAAAAACAGGGGGAAAAGGGAAAAGCUGCAGGGCUACUGAGUCUGCAAGGGAGGACAGGAGAGUACUUUGUGCCUCUCAUUGGGAGCGGCAAACUCUCUCAUCGGUAGAGAAGCUGUGCUGUUGGAUAGGUGCUUGCACUUCAUUCUAACCGAACAGGAAGCGGCGAGGGUGAAAAGUGCUUCAUCCCUUCCACAGGAAAACAAGGAGUAUCUUGCAGCAAGCAGCUUAGUGGUUUUGCCCCCACGGGCCAGCCAUGGAGCAAGGAGGCUGCAGACUUUUUAGGGGAAAGGAAGCAGCUACUGUAACUUUUGUCUUUCAUUUUUUAAUUAAAAAACAAAACAAAAAACAAAAGAAGCCUUGAAAAAAAAAGACUUUAUUUUUCUAAGUGUUAAACUCAGUAUUUAUGUAAUUCUUAAAGGAAUUAAAGUCUGGCUCCUGUACAGUU